CGCCCCACACAUGCCCUUUCACAGGGACUAAUCAUCCAGCCUAUUUGUAUGAUGGGCCUGGGUUAAGCAGGCUUACAGAUCAUUUCUUUGUAAGUGUGUACUGAAUGAAUCCAGAAAGCAGAUUUAACAAAGCAAAUGUUGCUAGGCGUUGGACAUUGCCUGCUAUAUAGGCGGUUCUUCUUGUUUCCCUCAGUGCCAGCACUUUUAUGGUUUUGGAGACAGGACAGGCUUAGACUGAUGGAGCUCUGAUUCAUGAGCGGAUCAUGAGAGAGAGAGAGAGAGACAGAGAGAGAGACAGAGAGAGAGACUUCUUAGCUUUGUAUAGCUUAACAGACAGGUGACAGUAAAAGACGACGAUCUACAUUCUUUUAUAUCGUUGGGAAAAGAGGUCCUUGGAUAUUGUAACCUUAAAGUAUUUGACUCUGUGUGUAUGAGAGGAGGGAGUUAAAUUCUGUUCAAUAUUUCCAUAGCACUAAAUGCCCUUCCUGUGCUCACAGUAACCAUGGCAACUGGAGUAUCAGUUGGGUUAUUUUAAUGGUAGAGUGCCAAAUGGACUGAUCAGUGGACCAUGGCAAGGAUUAGCUCCGACUCUUCAAACAUGGACUGAAAUUGCUUGGUAGCAUCUGCCAUGUCUGUAUGUAAUGCCAGCUCUCUGGAACGAUGUGGCCUGCUUGGACCAGCAGAGCCUGAGCUGCAGGAGGUUGAGACUAGUUUAAUUCCUGUUGUGAUUAGGGUGGCUUUGGCUGCCAUCAUGAUCUUCAUGAUCACCAUUGGCUUCUUGGGCAAUUCAAUAGUGUGUUUGAUCGUCUAUCAGAAGCCAGCAAUGCGUUCAGCUAUCAACCUGCUUCUAGCCACUCUAGCCUUCUCAGACAUUAUGCUCUCUCUGCUGUGUAUGCCUUUCACUGCUGUGACUGUGGCGUCCACGGACUGGAGUUUCGGAGUAGGAUUCUGCCGAGCUUCUGUCAUGCUUUACUGGUUCUUUGUCCUGGAAGGCGUUUCCAUCCUGCUCAUCAUCAGUGUGGAUCGCUUUCUGAUCAUCGUGCAGAGGCAGGACAAGUUAACGCCACAUCGUGCCAAAGUUCUGAUCGCAGCGUCAUGGGCUCUGUCCUUCUGUGUGGCACUUCCAUCAAUUGUAAGCUGGAGGACAGGUAUCAUCGUGGAACGGGUGCCCCAGUGUAUCCUGGGAUAUAGUGACUCAUUGGCGGAACGGGGUUACAUGGUACUAUUAGCAGUGGCCGUUUUCUUUGUUCCAUUUAGUGUCAUGCUGUAUUCCUACAUGUGCAUCCUGAACACAGUGCGGAGAAACGCACUGCGCAUUCACACCCAUGUUGCUGAAGACUGUGCAGGGCUCAAGCUGGGUCUUACGGGUCUGCAGCGCCCUCCACAGGUCAACGUGGACAUGAGCUUCAAAACCAGGGCCUUCACCACCAUCCUCAUCCUCUUCAUUGGCUUCUCUGUGUGUUGGCUGCCUCAUACAGUGGUGAGCCUGCUGGCUGUUUUCAGUCGCAGCUUCUACUUCAGUCCAGCAUUUUAUCCAGUCAGCAUAGGGGCUCUGUGGCUCAGUUACCUAAAGGCUGUAUUUAACCCCGUCAUCUACUGCUGGAGGAUCCGCAAAUUUCGUGAAGCCUGUUUAGACUUCAUGCCCAAGACUUGCAGGCUCUGCCCCAAGGUCCCUGGUCGAAGUCACAGGCGCAUAAGACCCAGCAAUAUUUAUAUCUGUAGCAGUGAGACCCAGUCUGCAGUUUAGCAUUUGGAAAUUGAAACUCUUUACAACACUUUAUUUUGUUCACAGUCCAUCUGAAACAUAUAACUUACAUUCCCUGACCAAAACAUGCAAGGGAUACAAUGAGAAAUGCCUCUGACACUUUCAUUUCAAUAACUCAAUAAAUGAAAUUGUUGUCAAAUAACUCCCCAUGUUUUAAUUUGACCUAACACUGAAAAGCAACAUGGACAACUUUUUUUUUUAUUAUUUGUCACACUUCGUCAGUGCAAUACAAGCAAAGAGAAGCCACUAUUUUAUUUCUGUUAAAUGCUACAUGUUUAGAAAUAGUCACAACAAUUUAAAACCAUGGAUAUUGGAAAAUAAAGCAGUUGUUGUGAAUUGUGUCAUCUGAAUGGAAAUACUGCAAUAAAAUAAUGCAAUAAUGCAACA